GGCCGGUAGACUUCUUUGUUUAUACUUUGUUUUCAUUUGUAUUCAAUGUCUUUAUCACAUAGAUUUAUGCAUUUGAAAUAACUGUGAUUAUUAUUUUGAAGAAACAUUGCUGGAAAAAUGAUUUAAUUAUGUGGCUUGUUACAUUCUUCAAUUUAAAUAAACAAUAAUUUUAUUGAGCUUAACCUUUCAUCAUCUUCGUAUAUUUUUAAUAAAUUAUUUACAAUAGUGCAAAUUAAAGUGAGUCAAUUUCUUGAAAAAUUGAUUAUAUAAAUCAUGAAUUCGGACUACGAUGCAGAUAUAUCAGAAAAUCGGGUAGAGUACAUAGAUGUCAACAGUGAAGAUCAGGGUAUCUAUACACCUCCAACUGCUGCAGAUAUUGAAGAAAUAUUAAAAUUUGCAAAUAUUGAUAGUAAUGAAAUAGCUCCAAUAGUGCAACACUUGUACUCCCAUGCUGAAAUAGAUAAAGAAUGUACUGAAUAUAAAAUAUUAGAACUGGAUGACCAUUUAUUGCAAGCUUUAAAAUCUGGAGAUAGUAUAUCAUUUCGUGGAGAACCAGAAGAAGAAGCUGUUUUAUGUACUUCUAAUCGAACAUAUGAGGUUAAAGAAGCUGAAACAUCAAAUACUUGUUUACUUGUGCCUAAGUUAAAGUUGAAAGAUGAAGUAUUUGUUGAAGGUCUGACAGAAAAAAUUGUUGAAGAAGUAGAAGUUGUAGGUGCAUUUAAAUCUUAUCUAGAAGUCAGAGAAUGCAGUCCAAGAUUGAGCAAAUUGCAACUGAUAUUAGAACCAUCAUCUUUUAAAGGAUUAGAAUAUGAGAAAAAUAUAGAUCAAUCAUCUCUUUAUGACUGGGAAAGGCUUCGCAAUGAAAUACAAGCCAGUGAUGGUGAAAUAUUAGAUGCCUUUCCAAAAUUUCUCAUUGUGGAAAUGAAUGGUUACUAUCGUCUCAUUGCUUUUGAAUUUGAAGCCAGAGCUUUACCAAUGAUGUUGGAUUUGAUUGAAGAAAAUUCAUGGGCAAUAGAUGAAAUAGACAAAAAGGAAUCUUAUGAUGCUUUAAAAGAUAUUAUUCCUGAAUCAGUAUUUGAAUGUUUAUUUUAUGCAUAUACUGAGCUCAGUUCAAAAACUAAACAAGAUGGAUCGCUGUUGUACAAAUUUGAUGAAGCAAAAACCAGUAGGCUUCUAGCUAAGAUUCUGUUAGAAUCAGUUCCAGUAAAUAAUUAUGAUGAUUUUAUGGAGGCAUGGAAAAUAGGAAGUCCUGAUUGUAUACUACCAAAAGAAGAGUAUCUUUAUGGCUGUGCUAUUGUUGUACAACAUAAGCAAACUUUGAGAAAACAAGUAAUCUCGUAUCCAGAAGCUAAUCUGCCAAACAAUCUUAUCAAACGGCUAAAAGAACUAUUUAAAGUGAAAGACAAAUGGACAGUUCCUGAAAUUGCGCCUUAUAUUGAAAAAUUUGCUACACGAAAUCAAGAUGUUAAUGCCAUUUUAACUAAAUAUGCAAGGGUAUCUACAAUAAACAAUAUUAAAUAUUAUAGUGCAAAACACGGAAAGUAAAAGUAAAUCUAGUUUGUUGCAAAAAAGUAAUCAUCCUUUCUUACAAUUUGGAUUUGAUUGGUUGAAAAUAUAAUGUUAAGUAUUGUAAAAAACGUUGAGUAAUAGUAAUAAUUUUAUAUUUUAUUACGUAAAAUUUUUUCAAUUACAUUU